AUGUCAACAACACUGAAACGCAGAAACGGGCGGCUCAACCUCAAGGACGAAGAAGACAGACUCGAGGCCUCCAACACAGCACUGCGAGAUUUGGAGUCCUGUCGGUCCGUCCCAGCCUCUGUCAUCUCGCCUUCCGUUAUCAACGUCGCAAGUGCUCGUCAGACAUCGCUUCCUAUCGGCCACCAGACCCAUCAUUCCUUUCGGUCGUUGGCCCAUUCAGAAUCAGACGAUGAGGAAUUCGGAGCGGAGAGGGCGUCUAUGUCGACUCCAUCGUCGGAGAAGGCCAGGCGGAGCAGUACAUUCGGGGCCGCAAGCAGGAGCGCUCAGGAAGAACGGGAUGACAGCAACUCCUCAUUUACAAGGGGUCAACCUUGCACGGCUUCAUCGGCGGAGAUGGAAGACGUCGCGACCUCGAAUAUCAUACACACCCUCCCUAAUGAACUUCUGACACUCAUAUUUGAGGCGGGUUCGGUCCUCACAUACCCUUCGCUCGUCGAACCGAAGUCGCCUUUCGUGCCCAUCACAGUGAAGAAGGUCUCGUCCUUCAUGAACACGGUGAUGCAUGUCUGUCACCGGUGGCGGCAAGUAGCCAUUCACACGCCUGCACUAUGGACCACUCUACACAUCUCCCGAUCUCGAAAGGCGCUGGAUAACCUCCCCAGCGUGAAAGACUUUCGCAACCCCAUGCCCUGGGUUACCGAGCACCUCAUGCGGUCGCAGUGCCUUCCUCUAGACAUCAGCCUCGACUGCCGGCACAUCUCGAUAAAAUCCGUAUUUAACCAACUCAUACCGGAGAGUCAUCGCUGGCGCAGUCUCGUGAUCACUAUACCCUCUGUGCAAGACCUCCCGAAUGCCCUAUCCAGCCUCAAAAAAACCCCUGCACCCGCCCUUGAAACGCUGGAAAUUACGUCUCUCAAGUACCACGACUCUAUUGCGCCGAAUCUCACCUCCUUCUUCCGGGGCGGGCUCUCACCCAACCUGUCCCACGUACGCCUGAACCGCGUUUCACUGUCCUGGCUAGCAUUCCCGCUUAAAGGCCUCACGACCCUCGACCUUCGCUUCGUCAUCUGGCCGACCUUCCCUCACCUAGCGGAAAUGCUCUCCGGUUCGCCGAACCUCCAGAAUCUCGUUCUCCACAUCGACAACACUGCCGCUAAGCUUCUUGACAGGCGUGGUCGUGCUGCGAUCAGCAUCCCCUCCCUUCGGUCUCUCGAGAUCCGCUUAUUCAGCCAGGGAUCACCGACUAUUUGUCCUUUCCUCCAGAUAUUCUCCAUACCUGCGUUGGAGAGUCUCACAUUGCGAGAAGUGACCUCGUCGGACUGGUGCAGGAUUCUUGUGUACUUUCGUGUCAACUGCACGUCGUACCCGGUCUUGCGCCAUCUCAGGCUAUCGUGCAUUCGCGGGCUGAUCUCCGUAGAUUCGAGUGCCGUGCGAGCGUUCCCACAGUUAACGCAUCUUUCACUGAACGGGAUCUACUCGAGUGCGUUUUGCCGCCUCUUAGUGGAUGAGAAGACAGAUGAUGGGUAUCGCGUGCCAGUAUGGCCAAAUAUGACGAGUCUGAGUAUCAGAGGAGACGUGGAUUUGAAUGUCAAUUUGUUAGAGAGGGCAAUUAUUGCAAGAAGAAGGAUGGGGAGAGCGCUGACGAACGUGGAUCUAGACCACAGGAUGCCUAGUGAUGACUGA